UUCUCUUUUGUUUUUGUUUCUCUUUUUCUCUCUCAUUCUUUUUGGCGGUUUGUUUGGUAAAGAACAAGAAGAGAAAACAAAAUAAUCUCUCCGAUCUUCUCAUCUGUUUAUUUUACUAAUUGUGAUUUUAUUUUCUAAUUGUAAUUCUAAUUAUGUCGAAAACAAUUCAUUGUUACAAAUUACCUUUCAAAAUAAAGGAAACACUAAUCUCCCAUUCGUUGACAAUGUCCGGUGAUCUGCUGAAUUUAUCUGCUGACCAAUUGAGCAACAUUACUCAUUUACCUUUGGAUGAAUGUGAACAUGUUAUCAGGGUGAUUAAUAACAAGGAUCCAUUGUUUCUCAGUCCAGCAUCUAUGUGGUUGAAACAUGAACUCUCCUCUGGUGCAGCGAUACCGACACUUAGUGUUAAAUUGAAUGAAUUGUUGAAUGAUGGAUUUCCGUUGGGUCGAUUAUGUGAAAUCUCUGGAGCCUCUGGUACAGGUAAAACUCAAUUAUGUUUCCAGCUCUGUGUCACUGUUCAAUUACCAAAAAUUAGUGGCCUAGCAGCUGACGCUUUGUACAUCGAUGUUGACAAUUCAUUUCGCUUUAAUCGGAUCGCUGAAAUUGCCAGUUUUUUAAGGGAAAAGAUCAAAAAUCAUAUGGAAUUGGAUGAGGAAAGGAUCUCCGAGCAUAUAUUUGUCGAAAGAGUCGAUGAAUUGUCACAAUUAAAGAUUUUAAUCCUUGAAUUGUUGGAGCCAUUUCUAAAGCAAAAUCCUCAAAUAAAAUUGAUUAUCAUUGAUAGUAUCGCUUAUUUGAUUCGUUAUGAUUUCGAGGGACGAAUGGAUGAAAGAAACGCUCUUCUUUGGCAAAUAAGCUCCAAACUUCGGGAACUUGCAGCAACUUACAAUCUCUGUAUUGUUGUUACUAAUCAUGUUCGGUAUCAACCUGAGACUCAAUCAGUCACUCCUGCACUUGGUAAUCGUUGGGGUCAUUAUUGUGCGUUGAGACUGUUUAUGGAAAAACAAGAAAACACUGGACGUCGUAUAGCGACAUUAACGAAAUCAGUUAAACAACAAGAAGCUUCGAUUAACUUUUCAAUCGGGCCUCAAGGUAUUAGUGAUGAAAUCGACGAAAGACCAAUAGCUGAUCUUAACCAUCUCAACUGAAAAGAAACAACAACCAUUCUCUUAAUUGAAAAAUCAUCAAUCAUCUAACUUCAAAGUUAAUCUAUUGAUUAUAUCUUAAAACUUGAACACUAAUUAUUCAAGUAUAAAUUUUCAUUUCCACUCAUUCAAUUUUCUUAAUUGUGCUGCCCAAUUGUUAUCUCACAUACAGUUUAAUCUCAACACUCUAAAAAUUGAUCAUCAAGUAAACUGAAUCCAUUGACAGUUUAAAUUCAAGUUAAAAUAAAGCAAAAAUCAACAAAU